AUGGUGGGCGGGGGGGAGAAGAAGACCAAAGCCACAGUAUAUGGCUAUCAGCUUCUGCCCUGUGUAAAGCAUGUUCCCAAGGUCGAGUGGUUGCUGACCAGACUGGGCCGCGGCCACGUGCAGCCUAUUCGCUGCACCAACUGCGUCCGUUGUGUGCCCAAGGACAAGGUCAUUAAGAAGUUUGUUGUUCGGAACAUAGUAGAGGCCGCCGCUGUCAGGGAUAUUUCCGAAGCCAGUGUCUUCGACGCCUAUGUGCUUCCCAAGCUCUGUGUGAAGCUACAUUAUUGCGUGAGUUGUGCCAUUCACAGCAAGGUAGUCAGGAAUCGCGCUCGUGAAGCACGGAAGGACCCAACACCCCCACCCCGAUUUAGACCCACGGGUGCUGCCCCACGACCUCCACCAAAGCCCAUGUAAGGAGCUAAGUUCUUAAGGACUGAAGAAAAGUUGUUAUCCAGAAAAAAAAUAAUAAAUGGCAAUUACACUUCCAAAAAA